UGCUUCUUCACAUCAUCAUCACUUAUCACUGUCUUUGUUAGUUCCGUGUUCCACCUUAGGCCCUUCACCCUCCUCCCUAUAUUCUUCCAGGAUGGGCUAUCAAUAGAAUAGGUUUCCAUCUUAACAUCUUUUCUCGGUUUUCUUCCUCAAUUUAUGUGACGGGCCUAUUGCGCUCUUUGGCUAGGUCCUUAUCGCGCCUCCUCGAAUAAACACUACUAGCUUUCUUCUCCUUCCACUCCCAACCCCAAAUAAGCCAGGCUAGCUCUUCAAGAGCUUAUGGUUCGUAUAUUGAGCUUACUCCCAGCUAUUAUCCGUUCCAACAGCAACCAUGGCGAGCAAGGCCACCGUGCCCUUUCUAGUCACGAUGAUGCUCGUGACUGGAGUAUGCAAUACAAUCCUCAACAAGUAUCAGGAUAUGCAGUGUGUACGAAAUUGUGACUCUCCGGACCCCAAGUAUCGUCAUACAUUUGAGCAACCGGUGAUCCAGACCGUUCAAAUGUUCAUUGGUGAGAUGGGCUGCUGGGUUGUCAUACUGCUAUCCCAUCUCUACCAGCGCUACAUCGCCCCUCGCUUAUCCAGCAACUCGUCGCCUCUUCUCGCGGGUGGCUAUAAUCCCGUACAUAACGACGAUGGGCUUGACGAAGAAGAAGAGGAUUACACGAUUCGGGGUCCUGUAUAUACCCACGACCCUACUAAGCCCUUUGAAACACCCGAUGGGCGUGUCCUUCUUCAGGGACGGAAGAUUUUCCUCCUUGCAGCACCGGCAUGCUGUGAUAUUGCAGGGACCACUUUGAUGAACGUCGGCCUGCUGUUUGUUGCCGCCAGUAUCUAUCAAAUGACGCGUGGUGCACUCGUCCUAUUUGUUGGCCUCUUCAGUGUCAUCUUUCUCCAUCGAAAGCUCCACCUCUACCACUGGAUUGCCCUUUUUGUGGUUGUUCUUGGUGUUGCGCUAGUUGGCCUUGCAGGUGCGCUCUUCGGUAGCCAGGGCCAUGAUCCCUCUCAAGAGAAUGCAGCAGCAGUCAUCGCGCAUGCCCUGAGGGAAGUGCAGACCACUGCUCGAACUCCAGAAGCAGUGCAAGCACUGAUUGGUGUCCUUCUCAUCGCCGCGGCCCAGAUCUUCACCGCUUCGCAAUUUGUGUCGGAGGAGUGGAUUUUGGAGAACUACGCCAUGGACCCUCUUCAGGUCGUCGGCUGGGAGGGUAUUUUUGGGUUCUGUGUGACUGUUAUCGGCUCGAUCAUUCUGUAUCUGGCGGUCGGACGGACCGAGGCAGGUCGCCAUGGCUACUUCGAUGCCAAGGAAGGCUGGAGUCAAAUCCUCCACAACCGAUCUAUUGCUAUCUCCAGCGUUCUGAUCAUGAUUAGCAUUGGUGGCUUCAAUUUCUUCGGUCUCUCCGUCACUCGCACCGUUUCCGCUACAUCACGUAGUACUAUCGACACCUGCCGCACUCUAUUCAUCUGGCUCGUCUCUCUAGCCUUAGGCUGGGAGACCUUCAAAUGGCUCCAAGUGGCCGGAUUCGCCCUGCUGGUCUAUGGGACCUUUCUUUUCAAUGACAUCGUUCAGCCUCCUCUCAAGGCUUGUCUCCCCCGUGACCGCCGGGAUAGAGUCAUCCUUCUUCCCGAGGAGCCGAUCGAGCAUAUCUAGAAGCGUGCAUACACAUCUGCCAUUGGAGUUGGACUUUGGCCUCUUUGUCUUUCAACAUGACAUAUCUUCUUUUUCUCCCGCUCUCUUUUCUCUUUGCCCCAUGGACUGUUCAAGAAGGUGUUGAGCACCUUAUCGACAUUGGUGUGCCAAAUUCAUAAAGGGUUACAUUGGCACGGUUUGCUGGCUACUCUACCAGUUAUAUCUCUCAGGUCGACUGAAGCUAGGUGGUUCCAGGUUUUUCCUUCUCGAGUCGUUUCUUUUUAGUCCAGGAAUAUCUGUUUGAUGAGUGUCCUUGUUGCAUAUUACCGGUUGGUUUAUAAGCUUUUGUCUCGAAAGGCGAUCUCAUGGUCAUUGUUUGGUCUUUCUUCUCGCUUGAUUGCUCCGCAUGAAUUGGGCAUAGACGCAGACGUUAGUCAUCUUGAUGCGCAGAAUGGAAAUAGGACUCAUCUUUGACUGUUG